AUGUACAAACGCCGGCAAAAACUCGACGAUCUGGCAUGGGAUAAGAAUGACACGGCAGAAGAAGAUUCCCAGAAACGGAUGUGCGAACCAAGCAUCUGUCGCCAAAUCGAAGCUCUCGUUACGGAUAAAUGCGGCAGACCAGCUAGGCUCAAAAACAUCAUCACAGGGGGCUUCAACAUCCAUUAUAUGCUUUGUUUUCAAGGAGAAGAUUCAAUGUCAGACGUGACAGUGCGAGUGCCAUGGCCAUCGACAGUCCAAUUUCCGGGCGAAAAGUCUAUCUAUGAAGCAGCGACAUCAGAAUACGUGAGACUCAAGACGCGGAUUCCAGUCCCACAAGUCCUCCACCACGACCCGGCCUCUGAUAUUGGACCCAUUCUCAUCCUUCAGCGAGUUGAGAACCGAGGCGAUAUGACGGACCCUCUUGCCAUCCAAGGGCGGGAACCCAGCUUAACUCCAGCUCUAAACCCGGGUCUCCCAGAGAGCAAGCUGAGAAGCCUGUGGGGUAAGCUGGCAUGGGUUCUACUAGAGUUAGGCAAACCAACCUUCCCUCGCAUAGGGUCUCUGGUAGAGGUGGAGGACUCCUUCCGGAUUGGUGGCCGACCACUGACGCAGAAUAUGAGUAGUAUGACGCAACUUGCUCAUAUUCCUCCGGCCAUCUUUCCGGCCGAAAGCAAGACUUUUGCAACAGCUGAUGAGUGGUAUCUGGAACUCGCCAAUAUGCAUCUGGCGCAGCUUCUUUUUCAACAUAACGACGUUAUUUCCAGUGAAGAUGAUUGCCGCAAUAAGUAUGUUGCUCGGCAGCUAUUCCGCAGGCUCGCUAAACAGGGACGUCUAUCAACCUUCGGCUUUGCGCAAGACAACUGGUCUGCUUAUGCUGAGGAGGUGACUCGCCCAAGACUUCCAACCCCAAACGGGUUGGCUGACUUCCGCCUCUGGUGCGAUGAUUUCAGGCCGGCCAAUGUCCUGAGAAGCGAUUCAGACGCUGAUAGUGUGGACAAAGUGGCGGCUGUGAUUGACUGGGAGUUCACGUACGCAGCACCGACACAAUUCGCCCUCGACCCGCCCUGGUGGUUGCUUUUCGAAACACCAGAAAUGUGGCGACCAUCUGGUGUUGACGAGUGGAGCAAGGCCUAUGGGCAAAGGUUGGAGGCAUGGCUGAAGGCUGUGGAGGAGCAGGAAGACGGUGCCGCCUUUCUGGAUGGUGUGCCUCUCUCACAGCAUAUGAGGGAAAGCUGGGAGACAGGUCGCUUCUGGCUUAACUAUGCGGCGCGGAAGAGUUGGGCUUUUGAUGCUAUCUUCUGGAACUUUCUGGAUGAGCGUUUCUUUGGCACGCGGGACGCAGAGGUACCUGAUGAGGAGCUGUGGAAGGCUAGGAUUGAUCUCUUGAGUUAUGAGGAACAGCAAGCUAUGGAACCCUUGGUGAAGCGAAAAAUGCAGGAAUCUGAGGAACGAAUCUUAGUAGAGUGGGAACCAGAUACAGCAAGCAACUAUUUAGCAAAGAUUUUAUUAGAGUAA